GGGGUUUCCCCCAUGCUGGGAGGCCAGGCUAAGCUUAGAUUUGCUGCUGCCGCCACCUCCUGCUCUUGAUUUUCGCUGCUGCUGCUGCUGGUUCUCCGACAGCCAUUUCGUGAGCACCCGUCCUGAGCACCGAGAACCCGAGAGCGCGGCGGUCACGUGUGGCCAGGGGGCAUUAUGACUGAAGAGCAAUUUGUUAACAUUGAUUUAAAUGAUGAUAAUGUUUGCAGCAUAUGCAAAUUAGGAACAGAAAGAGAGACCCUUUCAUUCUGCCACAUUUGUUUCGAGCUAAGCAUUGAAGGAAUACCAAAGUCUGAUCUUCUGCAUACAAGAUCAUUAAGGGGACACAGAGACUGCUUUGAGAAAUUCCACUUAAUAGCAAACCAGAGUUGUCCACAAUCAAAAUUAUCCAAGAGUACAUAUGCAGAAGUGAAAAACAUUUUGAGCAAAAAAAUUAACUGGAUUGUACAGUAUGCACAAAACAAAGAUACAGAUUUGGAUUCAGAAGGUUCGAAACAGACACAGCACCGGAUUUUUAGCUUUAGACAUCAGAGGGAGAAAAAGUUACUUCCACAGUUUGAUUCCCAAGUCCCUAAAUAUUCUGCAAAAUGGAUAGAUGGAAGCUCUGGGAGCAUUACAAACUGUUCACAGAAUAUUCUAGAAUCAAGAGAAUCCAGUGAUUUUAGCUUUGGCAUGUUGCAACAAAGAGGUGCUACAUUUUGUUGUAAGAAUUCGUUAUGGUCUACUCAUAACCAAUCAUCAGAAUUGGGAAAAACUAACAAAGAUCCAGAUGCCUGUGCACGAAGAUUUCCUCAGUACAGCAGAGAGCAAUUGAAUAUGAUGCCUCUAGGAGAAGUUGAGCAGCUGAAUGGGAAACUACUCAAGCAAGUCCAUGAUGUGUUUGAAGAAUUGACUAAGCAAGUACAAGAAAAAGACUCCUUGGCUUCAGAGCUUAAUGUCCGUCAUAUUGCUAUUGAGCAACUGCUAAAGAACUGUUCAAAACUGCCAUGUUUACAGAUGGGACGGGCAGCUAUGAAAUCCAAUGUAUCCAUAUAACCAUGGCAAACGUACAUUUUCCACCUUUGCUUCUCUAACUCAUGUAUUAGAUUUUGGGGGGAAAGAACUUGCACAGUUGAGCAGUAUUUUGGAAAAAAAAUUAAGCUUGUGGGUACACAAGGUAGCAACAUAGAGUGUUUCCAUUUUUAAAGAGGAAAAAGAGAUAAGGGUAGCAUUUUUAUUCUGAACUUCAUGUAAUCAUUUCCUGUAAUUAGCUGAGCUGUGUGAAUCCACUGCUUCUUGAUACAGUGAGGCACCAUGUCUUAAAAGCAUGGCUGUUUGAGAUCCUCUCACAUUGGGUAUGUAUGUGCAUACACAUAAAACAAACACCUUGCUAUGAUUGCCAUCUCUCUACUUUGAGCAGUGUAUUUGGAGGAGCAGUUUUGCAAAGCACUCCUCCAAAAGAUUUGCACAGCCUAAUAAUUAUUUUCCUUUGUCACCAAAUCCCAGUAUUUCAGCUUGAUUUAACAAAUACUUCUAACCACCUGUAAAUAACCUGGGAGACUAACAGGUGAAAUUGUUUUAAGUAUGAGGAAGUAAUGGAACAACCAGUAUUCAUUCGCAUUUUUUUAUUUAUUGCAAGCAAUAUUUUAUUACUGAAUUUUAUAAAAAGAAAACUAUUUUAGGUACUUUUCCAGAUCUUUUUAUAAAAGUUUUGAAUUAUAAAUAACAUUUUGCCUGGUGUAAUGAGUGUUUACUCUUUUUUCAGGUCAAUGUAAUUACUUUUCAUGAUGGAAGUUGUUUUAAAAAAGCUUGUUCCCAAAGACACAAUCUCAGUAGUUGUACUAUAUUACCUUUAAUUUUAUGAGUGCAGAAUUUUAUCAGACAUCAGAAAUUUAAGCCAAGCGCCUACUUUUGGAAUGAUGAUUCAUGCUUUGUUAAUAUAAGCAGAGCUCAACUUCAGUUUUGUAUGUGAAUUUCUAUUGUUUAAUAAAAGUAAAUGGCUUAAAAGAA